GAGUCCCUCGAAGAACUACACCUUAGAAAAUGCACGCUGAGCCCAGUCGAGAGCGUGCUGUUCAAAAGUCUGCGCACGCUCACCCUCCAAGAACUACAGCUAAGAAAAUGCACGCUGAGCCCAGUCGAGAGCGUGCUGUUCAAAAGUCUGCGCACGCUCACCCUCGAAUGGGUCGAUGUUGAUGGCGGGACUUUCGAGACGAAAACGUUGGGAUGCCCUUUGCUCAGGCGCCUGGUCAUUAAUAAUUGUUGGGAGUUGAGAAACACUAAGGAGGUGGCACCGCGUGGGCUCAACUACUUUGUAUUUAAGAAUUUUAAGGGCAUCAAAGGUCGUAGCAUCAAAAUAGAUAUCCCGAGUCUCGAGAGGGUCCGUAUCGAGGGCAAUGACGCUCAUGGAGAUGGUGCCACCGCCAAAGCACAUUCUUCUUCUCUUGGCUCACUAGUAUGUAUCUGUACAGACUCAUCCUGUCAAAUAAGUCGUUCAACAUAUUAUCGUCUAACUGCCCGAGACUUGGUGAGCCCGGUCAAGAGCGUGCGGUUUAAAGGUCUGCGCACAUUCACUCUCAAACAGGUCCAAGUUGAUGGCGUCACUUUCGAGACGAUAAUGUUAGGCUGCCCUUUGCUCAGGCGCUUGGUCAUUAAAAGAUGUUGGGGGUUGAGAAACGUUAGGCUGAGCGAAGUGCCACCGUCUGGGCUCAAGUACUUUGAAUUGUUUGGUUCCAAGAGGAUCGAAGGACCAUGGCGCCACAAAGGACCAACAACUCGCCCCAACCUCGACACUACACAACAAAACUUUGAUUCCAUAGUCGACCGAAUUCUACAAGGAUACUCUGAUCAAAACCUAUCCAUACACAAACUCCAUCUCCACUUAUCCACUCCUCUCUCACCACCGGUCAUCUCCCUUCUUAACAAAUGGCUCCCGAUGAUAACCGCCCUCAACAUAAAAGUGUUGAAACUCAACUUUCAGUCACUAACUUGCAAUUGUUUACCAACUCCGGCGUAUUACGAGUCCCUCGAAGAACUACACCUGCGCAAUAUCAUCAAGCUGAGCCCGGUCAGGAGCGUGCCGUUCAAACGUCUGCGCACACUCACUCUCGAACACGUCCAAGUUGAUGACGGCACUUUCGAGAUGAUAAUGUUGGGCUGCCCUUUACUCAGCCGCCUGGUCAUUAAUUAUUGUUCGGAGUUGAGAAACUGUAAGGGGAUGAUAAACGUUAGACUAAGCGAGGAGGCAUCGCGUGGGCUCAACUACUUUUUGCCGAGGGCAGUCUUCUUAGCCGAGUCCCUCGAAGAACUACACCUGUGCUAUUGCAAGCUGAGCCCGGUAGAGGGCGUGCGGUUCAAACGUCUGCGCACACUCACCCUCGAAGAGGUCCAAGUUGAUGAUGAUGGGACUGUCGAGAAGAUAACGUCAGGCUGCCCUUUGCUCAGCCGCCUUGUCAUUAAUAAUUCUUGGGAACCAUGGCGCCACAAAGGAUCAACUCGCCCCAACCUCGGCAGUACUCAACAAAACUUUGUUUCCGUACUCGACCGAACCCUACAAGGAUACCUUGAUCAAAACCUCUCCAUUCACAAACUCCAUCUCCACUUUUCCACCACUCCUCUCUCACCACCGGUCAUCUCCCUUCUUAACAAAUGGAUUCCCAUGAUAACCGCCCUCAACAUAAAAGUGUUGAAAUUCAACUUUCAUUCACCAACUUGCAAUCUUUCGCCAACUCCGGCGUAUUACGAGUCCCUCGAAGAACUACACCUGUGCAAAUGCAGGCUGAGCCCGGUCAAGAGCGUGCGGUUUAAAUUUUUGCACACACUCACUCUCGAACAGGUCAAAGUUGAUGGCGCCACUUUCGAGACAAAAACGUUGGGCUGUCCUUUGCUCAGGCGCCUCGUCCUUCACUAU